UGGGAGCACGUUUUCUCUUCAGCCAGUCCCGGCCGCGGCUCCGGCCGCCCGCCAGUUCGCCUCAUGCCAUGUCGCCCCAGCAUGUCUCGGCGGUGACGUUCCGCCGGAUCCUGGCGAACUUCCCCGAGAACCUGAGCCUGGCCUUCGCCUACGGCUCCGGGGUGUACCGCCAGGCGGGUCCCAACGGUGGUCGCGAGAAUGUCAUGCUGGACUUUGUGUUCACGGUAGAUGACCCGGUAACAUGGCAUUCAAAGAAUUUGCAAAAAAACCGCCACCACUAUUCGUUCUUAAGAUUUUUUGGCCCAAAAUUUAUCGCUAAAGUCCAGAAUAACUAUGGAGCGGGAAUCUACUACAACACCAUGAUAAAGUGUGCUGAUAAGCUUAUCAAAUAUGGAGUCAUUAGCACUGAAACCCUAAUUAAGGAUCUGAUUAAUUGGAAUACCUUAUAUGUUGCUGGACGCCUACAAAAGCCGGUGAGAAUCUUGAGCUUGAAGGAGAAUGCCGUGCUCCGUGCAGCACUCGAAUCAAACCUGGAAAGUGCCGUCACUGCAGCUUUCCUCAUGCUCCCAGAAAGCUUCUCAGAAGAAGACCUCUUUGUGCGGAUCGCUGGCCUCUCCUACUCUGGUGACUUCCGGAUGCUGGUAGGAGAGGAGAAAGGGAAGGUGGUGAACAUUGUGAAGCCCAACAUCCCUCACUUCCGUGAGCUCUAUAGUAAAAUACUGAUCAAGAAUCCCCAAGUGGUGUACAAGCAGAACCAGGGCAGACUGGAGAUAGAUAAAAGCCCAGAAGCCCAAUUCACUCAGCUAAUGACUUUGCCAAAAACCCUUCAGCAAGAAAUAAGUUAUCUUAUGGACACUCCAGGGAGAAACAGAGAUGUAGAAGAAACUUUAUUACAAGUGGCUCAUGAUCCUGAUUGUGGGGAUGUGGUACGGCAAGGACUUUCAGGAAUUGUGAGACCUUCUAGUGUAAUGCAGAGCACCAAAGGGAUCCUAACAGCAGGUGUGAGGAAAUCAUUGAUUUAUAGUUCACUGAAAGUGCAAAAAAUGUGGAUCGGACGGAAAAAGACGACUUCCUAAUGUUGUUUGCUUUUGUAAAUGUUGUGUAUAGUUGAAUAAAGUGUCUGAUCUUUUUGUCAA